AUGCCUUCCAAAUUUUUUCUCUUGGUUAUUGGUAUUCUGGCUUGCACCAGCACUGCAAGAAAUCCUGUUGGCCCAAAGGGUUCUUUCAAUGAUGAGAAAACAUUCUCCUUGGAUCAUCCAAUUUCAGGAUUCAGAGGGUUUGGUGAUGGAGGUGGUUUAGGGGGCGGUAUUGGGGGAGGGAUAGGUGGAGGAGCUGGUGGCGGCAUUGGUGGACCUGGUGGAAGUAUCAGUGGAGGGUUUGGUGGAGGUGGAGGAGGAGGAAUAGAUGAGGAUGGUUCUAUAGGCUUUGGAGGAGGAAUUGGUGGUGGGAUUGAAGGUAAUAUUGGAGGAGUACGACAAGGUUUUGGUGGCGGAGUCGGUGGUGGAGGCGGAUUGGGUGGAGGAUCUGGUGGUGGAUUUGGUGGAGGAGCUGGUAGUGGAAUAGGAGGUGGUGUGUAA